AUGGCCUCGUCUGAAAAGGUCCUCUUUGCCUUUAUCGCCAUCGCCGUGGCCCUGGCCAUCUUCAUCCUCGGAUUUUGCCUGAUAAGGGCUAGGCGAAAGUCGGCCGCUGAAAGGACCCAAUUGCCAAUGCAGCAACAACAACCACAACCACAACAGCAACAGCAGCAGCAACAGCAACUACAAAUGCAACAUCGUCCUCAGCCCCAACAACAACUUCAACAGCAGCAACAACAACAACAACAGCAGCAACUGUCAAUCCAGCCACAGCACAUGCCAUCGGACCACAACACAGCAACCCUUUCGACUUUUACUCGAAUUUCUCCUGCAGGUCCAGAAAUGAGCGCCCUCCUCUCGUCUGCUAAGGCAAACGAGUCUCGUGCUGGAGGGUUCAGUCUGGUCCGUCUUUUGACCAAGAACUCCAGCUCAGGAGGCACAUCCUCCAAACCACUAGCGUAUCAGUUCUCUCACUCUCGCAGCGGCAAGGAUCCCUCUCUCCCGAAGACGCCCUCAACCCAAUCAUCGAACUACGACUAUGACUGGGAUCUAUCCGACUUUAGCAAGGAGCGGACCAAGGACGGGUUCCCUGUCAUCACCCUAACUUCGCCCACCUCUUCCGAAGUCUCGAUCCCGUUUAUCUCAUUGGACGAGCAGUCUGCCUCGACAUCCUCCUCCUCUGGCCUUUACCUCACCAACACCGAGUCCCGGUCAUUAUCCCCUCUCACAACUCUACCUCCAGCAAUAACUACAGGAACAUCAACAGAAAAUCACUCUAGAGACGAAAACGGCAGCGCACCAACCAGCUCAACCUUGGCCCCUGCACCACCAUCACCACAACAGUCCAUACCCGAGCACAUGUUACUCCAUCCAUCGUCGUCGCUCAACAUUCGUCGUUCCGUGAAGCAGGAACCAGCACCACCGACUACGCCUCUAUCGAUGGCCGACUUCCCACCAACGUAUGAGGAAGCCUUGGAUUCGGCUGGCCCAAGCAAUAGGUCUCCUCUCAUGUCGCAUCCCAAAGUCUCUAGCCCUUCGUCUCUUGCACCCACCAACAGCUCUCCUUCAUACUCUGGGUCAUCUUCGUCUUCACAGUCGCGGCCGCCUUAUCCUGAUGGCCUAGACACUACUACAUCUCAUCCGGACGCUUCGAUCGAAGGAACUCAGGAUGGGACGGUAGAUCUAGAGACUGAUCCGCUCGCAAGCCUGUCCUUAUCUUACACAGCCUGA